CGGGGCGCCAUCACUAUCACACGCUGCUACUAGUUACAGCCUGCUGGACUGCUGCGUCUUUAUCUUACACCGUUUUGAAAAGAGCCCAGAUAUCGUGCUAUUAUCAAGUCGAUUAAUAUUUUCUAUCCAUUCACCUAACGUAUGAAAAUGUUUUACACUUGCGGUCCAAAUGAAGCAAUGGUGGUGUCGGGUUUCUGCCGCUCACCACCAGUCAUGAUCUCUGGUGGGAGAGUGUUUGUUUUCCCAUGCAUUCAACAGAUACAAAGGAUCUCUUUGAACACACUGACGCUGAAUGUAAAGAGUGAUAAAGUCUACACAUGUCAUGGAGUGCCCAUCUCUGUCACUGGAAUUGCACAGAUGAAGAUUCAAGGACAAAAUAAACAGAUGUUGGCUGCAGCAUGUCAGAUGUUUCUGGGAAAGUCAGAGGGUGAGAUUGCCCACAUUGCCUUGGAAACACUGGAGGGUCACCAGAGAGCAAUCAUUGCCCACCUGACUGUGGAGGAGAUCUACAAAGACAGGAAGAAGUUUUCCGAGCAGGUGUUUAAGGUGGCUUCAUCCGACCUUGUCAACAUGGGCAUCAGCGUGGUCAGCUACACACUCAAAGACGUUCACGAUGACCAGGAUUACCUGCACUCUUUGGGGAAGGCCCGUACGGCACAAGUGCAGAAGGAUGCUCGUAUUGGGGAAGCCAUGAACAAAAGAGAUGCAGUGAUCAGGGAGGCCAAUGCUAUACAGGAGAAGGUAUCUGCUCAGUACAUGAAUGAGAUCGAGAUGGCUAAGGCUCAGAGAGACUACGAGCUGAAGAAGGCUGUCUAUGACAUUGAGGUCUUCACCAAAAAAGCUGAGUCUGAAAUGGCCUAUCAGCUCCAGGUGGCAAAGACAAAGCAGCGGAUCGAGGAGGAGAAGAUGCAGGUGUUGGUGGUGGAGCGCUCGCAGCAAAUCACGCUUCAGCAACAGGAGAUCACACGCAAGGAGAAAGAGCUGGAGGCCAAAGUCAAGAAACCAGCCGAGGCCGAACGAUACCGGCUGGAGAAACUGGCGGAAGCAGAACGUCUUCAGCUAAUCAUGGAGGCAGAAGCUGAGGCCGAAUCUAUCAAAAUGAGAGGAGAGGCCAAAGCAUACGCUGUGGAGGCUAAAGGUCGUGCCGAGGCUGAGCAGAUGGCUAAGAAGGCUGAGGCCUUCCAGAACUACAAGGAAGGAGCUAUGGUGGACAUGUUGCUGGAGAAACUGCCACUGAUGGCAGAGGAGAUAAGUAAGCCCCUGUCAGCUACCAAUAAGGUCACCAUGGUUUCCAGUGGAGGUUCAGAGAUUGGCGCAGCCAAGCUGACAGGUGAAGUGCUUGACAUCAUGACCAGACUGCCUGAAACCAUUGAGAAACUAACUGGGGUCAACAUUUCCCAGGUGGCCCAGACUGGUUGAAGAAAUUCUCCAACAUGACAUUUCUGUAUGCAUGCUUCAUUAAUCUUGUAUAUUUUUCUCUUACUCUCACUUUUUCCUCAGGUUCUUUAUCAUUUAAAUGACUCUCUUCUCUAUCUUUGAAAAUGUAUUUCUUCUCCUUUUAUCUUUCUUACCUUCCACACUGUAUCUCUUUGUUUUUCCCUUUCCCAUGUUUCUCUCGACCUACACUUCCUGUCUGUCUUGCAAUGCUGCCAAAACCCAGAGUGCAUUUUAAUCUAAAACUCCAGGGAAGAAUGCUGUUCUUUAUAUUUUUAAUGCAAGCAUAAGAAGACAGUGAAGUCCAAGGAUCUGUUGAAUGCCAUUAGACACUGCAACGUCUGACAUUUUGAAAUGUUACUUUCACCUGUAGGUUUUCUUAUAGAGCACUUUUUAAUGCUGGUAGAGCACUAAGAGCAUUUCGUUAUAUUUGAGCUUUCCAUUAGGUAAGCUUUUGGAAGCCAAAGUAACAUGAAGGGAAACACAUUUAUAAGGACUGGUGCUGUUGUGUCAUUUGUUUCUGUGGGUUGAAUAGGAUAUACUUUCACUUUACCUCAACAGUACAUUAUAGCUAUAUUAGUUGGACAUAAUCGUGUAGGAGUUAUAGCAGUUAUCUGCUUCAAAUUGUACCGCACUCUGAAAUCUGAAGAUACUGCCAAUAAUGUCAGAUCUUCAUAUGUGUUUAUUCAAACGAACAAUCAAGUGUCUUUGUGUUAUGCAGAAUUACAGAUCAGUAAUUAUUUAAAAAGUAACUUAUUUAUUUCACAAUUAUCGUUUGAAUGUUUUUUUGUAUAGAUUAAAGUGUUUUCAUGCAUGACAGAAGGGUGCGAUUUUAUACAUACACACAUAUGUCCUUAACAAUGUUGAUCAUGAUCAUAACCAUGUAGUGUACUCUAGGACUAGACAAACAGGGAAACUUGUUACAUUUUUAGACAGUUCUGUUCAUUAAAUAUGUCUGAAGGCUGAGUUCUUGUCAAAAUAGUUGUGUUCCAUAAAAAAAGUGGGAUUUUAGGGAGUUCUAAUAUAUGUUUUGUUCAUAAUCAUACAGUAUUUAAUACUGGUCACACUACAUUUUUCUUUGAUUACAUCAUAAAAAUUGUGAUGAAUGUUCUGUUUUCAAAUGUUUAAUUGUCAGUACAAUAUGUUGACUUCAUUAUGUAUAAUUCAUAGGCACUAAUGACAAUUUA